UCGUUAUAAAUUGCGUUGGAAUAACGGAUACCAGCUUAGUCGUGUGCCAGUAACGCUUACGCUCGCUCGCAAGCAAAAAGUCCAGAACAGAACCCAAGCAUACCCCAAGCCCAGGCCCAAGCAACCCCUCGAUCCAGAGCAACAAUAAAACGCCAAGCACCAUGUCGGCCAGAAUUUUGGAGGAUUCGCCCAAUGCGCACAUCAACAAGACCCUGCUCGAUCGCUAUCUGUCGCUGCCGCUCAAGGAGAACAUUGUCCAGGCCACCUACGUCUGGAUCGACGGCACCGACGAGGAUCUGCGCUGCAAGGAUCGCACACUCGAUUUCAUUCCCAACAGUCCAAAGGACUUGCCCAUUUGGAAUUAUGACGGCAGCUCGUGCUAUCAAUCGGAGGGCAGCAACUCGGAUGUCUAUCUGUAUCCCGUGGCCAUUUACAAGGAUCCCUUCCGUCGCGGCAACCACAUUCUGGUCAUGUGUGACACCUACAAGUUCGACGGCACACCCACGGCCAGCAACAAGCGCAAGACCUGCCUGGAGGCGGUGAACAAGUGUGCGGAUGAGGAGCCCUGGUUUGGCAUUGAGCAGGAGUACACAUUCCUCGAUUUCGAUGGCCAUCCGCUGGGCUGGCCCAAGAACGGCUUCCCCGGACCCCAGGGACCCUACUACUGCGGCGUGGGCGCCAACAAGGUCUAUGCUCGCGAUGUGGUCGAUGCGCAUUAUCGCGCUUGUCUCUAUGCUGGCAUCAAGAUGGCCGGCACCAAUGCCGAGGUGAUGCCUGCUCAGUGGGAGUUCCAAGUGGGUCCCUGUCUAGGCAUUUCCGUGGGUGAUGAUCUAUGGAUGGCGCGUUUCCUCAUGCAUCGCAUUGCGGAAGAAUUCGGCAUUGUCGCCACUUUGGAUCCCAAGCCCAUGCCUGGCGAUUGGAAUGGCGCUGGCGCCCACACCAAUGUGUCGACCAAGACGAUGCGCGAGGAGGGCGGCAUACGUGAGAUUGAGAAGGCGGUGGCCAAGCUGUCCAAGUGCCAUGAGCGUCACAUACGCGUCUAUGACCCCAAGGACGGCCAGGACAAUGCGCGUCGUCUGACCGGACGCCACGAGACGAGCUCGAUUAACGAUUUCAGCGCUGGAGUCGCAAAUCGUGGCUGCAGCAUUCGCAUUCCACGCAGCGUCAAUGAUGAGGGCAAGGGCUACUUUGAGGAUCGUCGCCCCAGCUCCAACUGCGAUCCCUACUCGGUAGUGGAGGCCAUACUGCGCACCGUCUGCCUGGACGAAUAAGUGGACGCAGUGCGUCGCGACCCGGAAACGAACAUGGCAAACCAAAAAGCAAUUCACCAAGCUCAUACCCCAAACGUAUUUGUUAUUAAUUAAGCAACUGUUAUUUAGUUUCUUGUAAUAUCAUAAUUUUUUUUUUGUUUUUUUUUUCGUUGUUGUUAAGCUGUAAUUGUUAAAGCCGAUUGCACCAACUACCCCACCAAUACCAAUAACCCCACCUAAAAUACUUGCGACCUAAUGAAAUCGAAACUAUAUUCCUAAAUAUAUAAAAGGCAAACAUAUAAGUACGAACGAUAUGCUUUAGUUUAAAACAAUAACAAUAACAAUAUAUGCAAACGAUAAACAAUAAUAAAUCCAUAUACUCUAUAGACAAGUAAGUGCACAUCAAAAAUGUAAA